AAUCUAAGCAGAAAUAGAUACUCCUGCAGUGACACUGACUCCAACAUGCAGCACGUGUGGGAUGAUGAUUUUUUUGAUCUGCCUGGAGGGGACCUUCUCUGUGAAACAGUUUAUGAUGGAGAGUACCAAAGAAGAGUCCUGGAAAAUGCUAGCUGCUAUCACACCGAAACCAACGAUCCACGUCCAGUCCAACCCUCUGAUGGAUAUGUUGCACGAGGCUACAUAGAUAGAAAGCUCGACCUGUACCACAUUACCACCAGGGAGGACGCUCAAUCCAUCCUGGCCAACGGUUUUCACAAGUCUGCAGACGGGAUGCUCGGCUGCGGCAUCUACCUCAGCACAGAGCUGGAUAAAGCCAAACGCUAUACCACUGGUCACCUUGCGUCUGACAAGGUCAUCAUUCAGGUUAAGGCCAAAGUGGGGAAGGUCAUUGCCAUUAAUUAUCACGGCCAUCCACGUCAGAAGAACUGGCAUGACCCCAGAUACAGCACGGUGUAUGACACCGCUUGGGUGCCACCCAAGUGUGAAAUGGUGAAGAGUGGUUUGGAGGAGUGUUGUAUCUGGGAUCUUGAUCGAAUUCAGAUCAUUAAAAUCAUCGAUCCAUACCCAGUCCAACCCCCUGAUAAAUGCAGUGCAUGGAGAAGUGCAUUUUUGUGUAUUAUAUUAUUUUUAUGGAUUUUC